UCUCCGUAUUGCUUUUCCUUUUUGAGUUCACAUUAAGCGUUGAUAUAGUAUCGCUGCUGAAGAAAUCAUUUAAGGAAAGAAGCUGAAUCGUAGUUAAACGUUUAAAGUUGUACAAGCGUUAAAUUAAGGAAACAAAUACCAUGGGACUGCGAGCAGUAUCUGCUAUAUUUUAUUCUUUAUACCUUCUGGCAUUAUUCGCAGUUGGGUCAUCAACGCCUCAAAAUUAUUAUGAGGGAGUAGCAGACAUGCUAAACACAACGGGUCCAAAAACAAACGAAUAUAUUUUGCAUAAAGAUUGUAAAAGAUUUGAUAUAUCGCUAAAUUUUUCCGAUACGCUUAUAGAAACAUUAGGAAAAGACUUCAUUAGUACCCAGUUUAUAACAUCUUUGAACUUUAGUGGAAAUACAAUAAAAUCAAUAGCAUCUGGUGCAUUCGAUAGUUUACCGGCUUUGGAAUCUUUAAAUUUAGCUGGUAAUAGACUUCAGAAUUUAUUUUCAUUUAAUGGUCAUAAUAAUUUGAAAGUAUUGAUACUCGCAAAUCAAUCCGAAAUUGGAUAUUGGAAUAAUUUGAUAAUUUUUGGAGAGUAUCCGGAACUUCGUUACUUAGAUUUAAGUGGUAACAAAAUAAAUUCUAUAAAUAUGCCACAAAAUUAUCACAAUAUCGUUAAUCAUCUUAUUAAAAAAUAUUUAUUUCCUAAAUUAAAAUAUUUGGAUUUAUCUUAUAAUUUUUUGAAUAAUUUCGAUUAUUCGCAUUUAUUUAGCCACAAUUUAACGAAUCUUAAUCUGAUUCAUAAUAAUCUUUAUAAUGUUGACUUACGUAUUUUUAUCAAUUUAGUUGAAUUACGGUUAAACUAUAAUUCCUUUGAAAAAAUCAGAAAUUAUUGUUAUGAUAACACCGCUUGUAUAGAUCAAAUGCCGAAAUUGAAAUAUUUUUCGAUAUCCCAUAAUAGUUUAUCUACAAUUGAUGAGGACAUCUUUUUUAAAAUGCCAAAUUUAGUUACUGUUGAUCUUUCUAAUAACGCUCUAACAGGUGUGUUUACAGUACUGAACUAUGAGUUGGCUUCAUUACAAAACGUAUAUCUGGAUAACAACGGAUUAUCUUCAAUUUCUAUGGUUUAUCACUUGGCAAACUUAACCAUUUUAUCUGUGGCUCAUAAUAAAUUGCAAGAAAUAAAACCUAAUUUUGUCAAUGCACCGAUUUUAAAAAAAUUGUAUUUAAAUAAUAAUGAAAUUAGGAUUAUCGAUGAAAAUGCAUUUUCUAAUUUGAAAUAUUUAGAGGUACUAGAUUUAAAUAGUAAUACUUUAGAUAAAUUACCUAUAAGGUGGAGUGAUGAUUUUAAAAAUCUUCGUUAUCUCAAUUUGUCUAAUAACAAUUUUAAAACUUUAGAAUCCUUAUCACUAAGCCAGUGUUUAACGAACAUAAAAAUUGAUUUAUUGAACAUUCAACUAACUCAUACGAAAACUGAAUUCUUGCGGAAUUUACCGGAAAAUGCAACUAUAUACUUUAUUCCACAUUCUGAGAACAAUAUAUAAUUAAAAAAAAAUUUAUAUAUUAUAAUUAUAGAAUAAUUUAUAUUUCUCCGAAUUCAUGAAUGUGCGUUCACAUUUCUUACCUUAGUUCUUUUUGUAUUUGGAAAGGAGAUAAUGUACAAAAUAAUAUUAUAAGCGUUUUCAAUCCCAAAAUUACUCAAUAAUAUUUUACGUUUAAUAUUUGUGAGUAAACUACUAUUUAUCAAGUAAAGAGUAUUCAA